CACGCCCUCCUAUUGCCAAACGAGAAAAUCUACGAUUUAAAUGUGGAGGCAUUGUUUCUCACUAACUCUAAACCACCCUAAUCCUAAUCCAUGUUUCGGACCAUUUCAUAUUGCAGUGGGGCGUGUCCUGGCGGGAAACUAUGUGGGAAUUCUGAUGCAGUAACGCAUCGAGCAACAGUAAUUUUGGUCUUUGUCCAACGCGAAAAUACACCCGAAGAGGAACACGAAAGGAAGCAAAAGCGUUCCGGUUGGAAAAAAUAGAUUUAAAAAAACAGCCAAUGCGCCCUUUCCACAUAGCCCAUAUCUGACAUCGACGACUACUCGACUGUUCCCGGUUUCUGUGUGCCGUGUCCCAGAUAGCCUCACACCACGACGGUGCAUGUAUUAGCAUGGCACGGAUGCGCUUCUAGCUAACACCCGUAUGUGUUGGUAUGAUAACGAUGGACAACAUCGAAGAGUCGUCUUCACCCCUCCGUAUCACUGCCACGGUCCGGGCACUGAGCUCCGCACUGCGGGAUAUGCGCGCUAAUGCCCACGACAUUGACCGCAGGAGGGACGGUGAUGUGAUUUUCCCCGAGACGGAGAAGGAGAAACUGUGGUUCAAGGAGAGCAGCGCCAAGAACCUCCGAACCAGAGACUUCUUGUCGCCGAGUACCAUGCUCAACACGCUCUAUGCGGACGGACAGGUCUUUCCGGCAGUGAUGACCAGGAUUCUGUCUGUCAGCGGGCGUGGCGUUCUCCCCGUGGCGGGCGGGGAGGUGAUGAAUGAAGGUCUGAGGGUGAGGGUGGAUCGGGCUGCAGCCUUCAAGGCUGUGCUGGAGGGCGGAGCCACAGAGUACCUGACUCCUGCUGCUCAGAGGCAGGGCUGUGUGGUGCUCAACUGUCCGGCCCUGCACCCAAAACCCGACCCUCCCACUCCUGAUAGCCUCACUCUGGGCCAACUCAGGACCAUUCUGUUGGCUGACCACAUGGGGGGACUGUUGAAAAGCCAAGGAUUUACAGUGUCCAUGUGCCCCCUGCUGCCUGAAGAUAGCACCAUCGUCAUUUUCCUCCGCACUUUGGGAAUCGACUGGCCAACGUUCCCGGCCAACUGGACCAAUGACGAGCGGGAGGAGAAAAUCCAGGAAGCGCUAGAAAAGUCGCCGUACCGAGAGAGGGAACUCGAGAGAGGCAGGAAGACAAGCGGUGGGCCAGGCAGGAAGAAGGCGGAUAAGGGCGAAAAUGAUGGCGCUGUGAGGAUAAACCUAAAACGAGUGUUCCAGGACGAGGGGCUGCUAGGAUACGAUCCCAGCCUUGGAACCUACACAGUCCACAGAGACAGCGUUUCCCAUCUGGCACAACUGGUCCUCGCCACAGCUGACAGCACUGUUGCCAUGGUAACCGCCUUGCACGUGACUUCCUGCCAGGAUGAGUUCCGCCAGCAACAGAUAGCGAUGCUCUGGAGAGCCAGUGGGGCGACACACAUACAGAGACAUCUGGUGUGUGGGCCUGUGAAAACUCCAGCUUCUCAACUCUCAUCUGCACAGUACUUGCAGCUUCGAAGAGGUCAAAUGAAGGAGGCCUCGGAGCUGAAGUAUGGAGAUCAAGUAGAAGGUCAGACAUGGGAUGACAUCAUCAGGGUUAUGACUUCAGCUACAAUCAGAUUUGAGCUUCUCUCCACAGUCCACACCAGUCCGGUCACUCUGGAUGUCCAGAGAGAAGGGGGCGUUUCCACCAAAGGGCCGAGAGGCGGCGUGUUUGUGAUGUACAACUGUGCCAGACUGCACACGCUCUUUGACAGCUACGACCGAGGAGUGGAGAAAGGUUUGUACCCAGAAAUCCCCGAUGGCUCAAAACUGGACUUCUCUGCCCUCAAAGAAGAGGGUGAGUGGCUCCUCCUCUUCAAUUACCUCAUUCCCUUUUCUGAACUGCUGGAGCAAUCAGGACAAGCGUUGGACUGUGAAGGGGGAGGGGCUCGAGUCAGUCUCAAAACGGAGCAGAUCUGUAAGUUUCUGGUGUCUCUCAGUAAAGACUUCAGCUCAUACUACAACAGAGUCCACGUCCUGGGGGAGCCGUUGCCUCAUCUCUUCAACCAGAUGUUCUGCCGUCUGUAUCUUUUGAGAGCCUUGCGGGAGCUCUACCACAGUGCUCUGGAAACCCUCAAUCUUCCCCCGAUUCGGCAACUAUAGCCGCCGUGGUGGGCACAUUUGUCAGCCGUCCCUGCCUGCCUGCCACUCAUCUAAGCUUGUAUUCCAUCAAGACACGUUAUUGCAGCCCUGCCCCCCACUUUUUUUUUUUUUUUAACCUUGAAAUCUCACCAAGAAUAAUGUCUUUCAAAUGUCACCUAAAAUUUAUUUUUAGACAAUUUUCACUUGUUUCAACCUAAUUCUUGACAGUAGAAAAAAUCUCAUAGUUUUUUUUUUUUUCUCCAUCAAGUAAAAAUGAUCUUGACAAAAGUUAGGAUUGUUUAAAGACUAACUUUUUUAGGUGACGAGUUUUAAAAGUGAUCAAAUCAUGUUUGGGACUUUUGACUAAUAAAGACAAAUAAUGUUGUUUUUGCAGCGUAAAGCUCAAAUGAGCAAGAUGCACUUGUGUGGCCACACUUUGGACUUGCUCCUGAAGCCUGAUGCCAAUACAUUGUGUGCCGCACUCAACACACGUUUUAGCUGUUUAAAUCUCUUUUUAAUGUCAUUCCAAAUGUCCACCCCUAAAUUGUAUUGUUUUGACCCUUCUUUCUCCCUGUGCCAAAUAUAUCAAGUAAAUAACCAUUUCAUUCUUAACUCAAGAAAAUCUGCUUUUUUAUAAGCCGUAUUCCUGAAUUCAUGUGAUUAUCUACCUUCUAUUUAUGAAUGCCAUAUAAAUAUUUAUUAGCACUAUAAAAUAAGGCGUGUACAGAAUGGCAACUCCGCAUAUGAUUUCGAUCAUUCUGGUCAGGCCAUUGAGAUAAUGCACGAAAUUGCAUGAACAUAUUGUAUAUGAAGAUGUUUCUUUUUAAAAAGGAUUAUUUAUAAAUGUUGGGAGGGGAAUAUUGUGAUUUAUUAUUGAUCUGUCAGUAUUACGUGAUCGUGUUGCCUUUUCACUUUGGGUCAAACGUGCCAUCCCUUGUUUUUAAAAAUGACACUGCAUCCAAACGUCACCCCUCACUGCAUGAAACCAAAUGUGGAUUGUCAGUACUUGUUUUUGAACAACAUUUUCCUGUUUACAUGACAGUGGGGGAUUGAGGGAAGGAAAUGACCCAAAUAUGCCUGUUUGCUCACUGAAAUUGUUGUUGGCCUCAACGACUAUGAUCAAAUGAUUAAAACAGGAGGAAUGAAGAACAAUGUUCUGUUGUUUAUUUUUAAUGGCGUCACGAGAUUUCUUCCUGUGUUUUGAAAUAUUGUCAUAUUUUUUUUGCCAUUAAAUUGCAGUCUUGUCCCCUGGUUGUUGACGUAGAACUGCAAUGUAACAGAUAGAACAUAAGAGGGCGACAUGUUUUCAAAUGCGCCAAAGCCUUGAACCAAAUGCCUUUCUCGCACUGUCCUAAUAUGAAGGCUCACUGGUGGUCUGGUGUCACAUGACUGGCUUUAAAUCAGGGAGUGUGAAUGGUUCUGUCUCUAUCCUGUAUGUUUUCUGUAAUGGACUAGCUCAAAGGUGUUUUGCCAUUGACCCAUAUUCAGCAGUCCGGUAUACAGUACUGUACUGACUGAUUCCCCAAGAGCUUCAGAAAAAUGUCCCAAAAUAGAUUUUUCAGUAUUCUUCUCUUUGGUCCAA